AGGGCUUAACUUUCUUUCAAGAAAGGACUCCAUUACCAAAAGCCUUUUAAAUUACGAAAAAAUGGUGUACAAGUCAAAAACGGAUUUGAAAUUUUCCAAGUUCCUCAAGUCUAAGUGGCUUACUGAUGUGAAAGAUUACGAACUGAAGAAAAGAACCAUUGUGGUCAACAUUUCCAACACAGAUGCAACUGUCUCGGGGCCGGAACCUCGCAAAGUUUUGCAGCCGAGAAAAUCCACAAUUUUGGAAGGUAAUACCACAAGUUUUCUUGGAUUUAUUCGAGGUAGCAUACACGAGAAGCACUAGCUAUUUUUCGCCUUUUCCAAAAGAAUUUUCAUUGUUUCAUUAUACCCUUUGAAAACGUUUCAUCUGAAUACAGGGAACCGCCCCUUGUUUCCAUUUGUCGUGAUGUCAGCCUCGCAAUUUCAUCGCUGUUUUGGUCCUUUUCAUGAUACUUUGGUUAAAAGGUUUCUUUUGAAUUAUUGCCGAAAAAAAUGGGCUCUAUAGAAUAAAGCGUUUCAGGAAAAUGUCUGAGCUUAUAAAUUUAUUUCGGGCGGACUGAAGAUCGCAAAAGCGUUCGAACGUCUGCGAGUUCAUUCAGUUGUGCAAGAAAAUGAACGUACAUGCUACCAGUUAUCGCCAUAGAUUAUACGUUUACAUUAUGUUAUAAAUGCUACACAUCUCAGUUUGAAUUGAAAAGUCGUGCAGAAAGAGCUAAAACUGCUCAACUGUGACAAGAGCCUUAAAGAAAGGUGUCAGAACGCAAGAACGACACGACAUCUGGAAAUACAUUCUAAAUACAUUCUGAUAAUUAAAAUUAUCAGGUUAUCUUUAGCAUGAACGUGGAAACGAACGUUCACCUUUAAAAAGAGUAGUUUUAUCUCUUAAACUUUUAUUUUUCUUGCAUUCCGUGCAAGCAAUUUUUUAUGAACAGAUUUAUCCCUAAGUUACCAGAUUAGCCUUGUUUAAGUGUUGUUCCAGUCGAUCAAUCAAGUCCAAAUGCCUAUUUGAAGGACUUUUUGAUCUUGCUUUAUGUAAAUACAUACAUACAUACAUACAUACAUACAUACAAACAAAGAUAAAAGCAUACAUCCUUUAUUUGGUAAAGCUGGUUGGUAGAAGAUGGCAGCGAAUGCUGAUGUGAAUCUGCUCUAAUUACUAUAUAAAACUAAGUGAGUAAAAAGAAAUAGGAAAGAAUACUGAAAAAAUUAUAUAUAUAUAUAUAUAUUUUUUUUUUUUUUUUUUUUAUUUUUUACAUAAGUUAAAGAAUUAAAGAGGACGCAUCGAUUCUCUGUGACUCUGAGAUUCGCGCCUAAGCGCUCGUCAGACAGAACUUUCUGUCUGACGAGCGCUUAGGCGCGAAACUCAGAGUCACAGAGAAUCGAUGCGUCCUCUUUAAUUCUUUCACUUAAAUAUCCUCAGCUCUGUUACCACAGCAUUGAGCACUUUAUGCCAAGGUAGACUCUACCCCCAUAUUUAUAUAUAUAUAUUUCACAGCAAUGAAAAGUGCAAGCCAGUAAUUUGUUAUAAAAUGAGAUAAAGAGCUCCAUUUUGUCUUGUGCAGUACUCAGGUUGUCCAUCAGUCUCUCAGCACAGAUGUGAUAGUCCUCAAGUUCAGAGGGCAAAUGUAAUGAUUGCCAAAGAGAAAUGUAAUAGAUACUACUAAGUAAAAUAGCUUUGAAGUAGAUAGAUCCCAGAGUUGAUCAGUCGCAGGUAUUUCACACAUCAAUCUUUUGCGUAGGUGUGAAAGUUAUUAGUGCCGAGUCCCUCGUGCUCAUCGAGGUCCCAGACGAUAUCAACAUCGGUGGCUGUGUUCUGGAAGACGGCUGGUGUCAGCUGACAGCACAGGACCCAACUUACCCGAAGGAUGUUCCGUUGUACAAGUCCCCACAGUUUGAUGUUGGGUCCGUUGAAUUUGAUCCAUACUCGGCAACCGGGACCAUAAAGACAGGCUCAACUGGUAACACUGUGAAAAAGUUUGACAUUAAAGUGAAUGUGUGGUUCUGCCCGGCUAAAACCAACUGCGGAAUUCACAACGUACACACUGACCCAGAAAUGCUAGAGGUAUUUACAAAUAGUGGAUUUCUUUCCCUCUCCACUCCCCCCUUUCCCCCCCCCCCUCCACCCCAUUCUUAUUACUGGGCGUGGCUGAUUUUGAAUACUCCCUCAUUGAAUGCAACUUAAUCUUAUUAAAAAUGACAAGAAUCACUUACUGAAGUCUCUUUAAGGCAUUUCAAGUAAGUGUUCCAAUAGCAGGCAUAGCAGAUGUGGAUAGUUCAGAGAAUAUAAAAAAUUAAUUAGUUUCUUAUAAGGUAAACUCUUACUUACUUGAACAAAUUCUCAGCGCACAGAAGUACAUAAGAUAAGUAAACGAUUGUAUUUGCGUUUUUAGGUCCACACCCAGAUAUAUGGCACAGGUAGAAUGCAGAAAUUCCGCUCUAAUGACUUCAAAAGCAUUUAUGAAGAUGUGCAUAUGGCACCUGGAUUUACCCAUAAUCCUUUUGCUGGCGUCAAGGACAACGGCGAUAUCUUCUACGGUUGGCACCAGUACUACUCUGAUACCGAUUGCAUCUGGAUGGCCAUCGAAUACCAUCCGGCAUGAUUCGCUUCAUACUCGGCAAUCUUCGGCUAAUAUCGGGCGGGUUGAUGACAAUGUUUAUAAUCAAUGUAUUAUUGAUGUUUGAAUGUGAUUAAAAAUUCUUGACAAUCGGGUGAAAAAGUACUCGCUUUAAAAUGUUUGA